AUGGUUAAAAUCGCCAUUGUUGGAGUGCUGUCCUUGGCAGGGAUCGCUGCAACGGCCACCUCUCCAGAUCAGACCUGUGGAGGUUCCAACAGUUACACCUGUCCAGGAUCUCAAUGCUGCAGUCAAUACAAUUGGUGCGGAACAACUGACGCACACUGCGGAACAGGAUGUCAAUCCAAGUUCGGCAAAUGCACCACUGGCUCUAGCAGCAGCGGGAGCGGCAGCACCAGCACUAACGGCAAGGUCAGCUCGGAUGGCACCUGUGGCGGCACCGCGGGAUACACCUGUAAGGGAAGCACUUUCGGAACCUGUUGCAGCCAGUGGGGAUAUUGCGGCAACACAGAUGCCCAUUGCCUCAACUCUUGCCAGUCAAAGUUUGGUGACUGCAGCUCCGUCACCAACGGUGGCAAGACGGUCAGCCAGGAUGGAACCUGCGGUGGAACAGGUGGGAAUACGUGUCGAGGUAGCAACUUCGGUGACUGCUGCAGUCAGUGGGGAUAUUGUGGCUCGUCUACCGAUCACUGCAGCACCGGCUGCCAGUCAUCCUUUGGAACCUGCUCUGCGUCCUCAGGCGGAGGGGCUGCGGCCUCUUCUUCAGCAGCGCAGCCUGCAUCCACUGGCGUCAAGAUGAGUCCAGACAACACUUGUGGUGGCUCCAAUGGCUAUACAUGCCCUUCUGGCUUGUGUUGCUCGAAGAAUGGAUACUGCAACACCGGCGACGACUUCUGUGGCUUUGGAUGCCAGAAAUCUUUUUCACUAGGGACGUGUUCAACCUGCCCUGGCUCAGCAUGCGCAGGUACGGUGACCAGCAACCCAACUUGCUCCGCAAACAACGGCUACUGCUGGACAUUGAGUUCGAAGAAGUUCCAGAUCAUUUGCGGAAGGCUUGCCUCCGGAGACUAUCUUGGCUACGUCGAUGCCACAAGCUUGGGUGAUUGCAUUUCGAAGUGUGCUGCAAACUCAGCGUGUGUCGCUGCUUCAUUCUAUCAGGGCAGUAGCACAAGCUGUAGUUUACUGAGCAGUUAUCAAGGGUCUGCUUAUGGCAACUCGGCAGGUGGUCAGCAAAACCAUGCUUACGUCCGCGGUUCCAGCUGCGGGUGA